UUAUCUGUGCAGUGCAAAUACUGAAGGCAGCCAAUUUCUCCUCCAGGACGAGUUGGCAGUUUAUCUAAUUUUCUCAAGAUUUGGGUUCUGGACAACGUGUCGAUUUUCUUUCGGGAUUUUUGUUGGCCGUUCAAAUCAGAAUGGCAGAGCCGAGCCCCCGAUAUCAGCAGCUGCCCAACGUGGACGAAGCUGAAGGUAACCAUCACGUAGAUGGAGACGCGCCCCCUCCUUAUUGCAGCGUCACAGAGGACAGUGCUGCUUAUUUUGACUUCAAGGAGGAUGUGAGUUUCCCCAAGCCGCCGUCCUACAACGUGGCGACCACACUACCUUCCUACAACGAGGCAGAGAGGACCAAAGCGGAGACCCCGGCUCCCUUGGUAAUCGCAAGGGAUGAAGACUUUGGAAUCAGAGAUGACUUUGCAGAUGGCGAACAGUUGAGGAUAGGAACCAAUGGCGUCUUCAUCCUCACCUUCUUCCUGGCAUUCCUGUUCAACUGGAUUGGAUAUCUGAUAUCCGUCUGUUUGACCACAUCGGCGGCCGGGCGCUGCGGGGCCGCCAGCGGAUUUGGUCUCUCCCUUUUCAAAUGGCUCCUCAUUGUCAGGUUCUGUUCGUAUUUUCCUGAUUACUUUGAGGGACAAUACUGGGUUUGGUGGGUGUCCCUGGUGGCUGGCUUCUUGAUGUUCCUCCGAGGCUUCGUCACCUACGCACAAAUCCGCAAGAUGGGCGACACCUUCACACUGCCCAGCACCCGAGUCCUUGUAAUCUACUGAGCUCAGUGACAUCAUAAUGCCAUUGUUUGAAGAAGAAAAAAAAAACAAUUUCUUUCCAUUCCUCUGCUAGAUAUAAAAAAAGGACAAACAAAAUCGUUUUUGUCCUCUUGCAAAUUCAAUUAAAAUAAAUGACCCUCACUCGUUUGGUGUUGUAACAGUGCUAAUUGCGAUUCUCAAGUGUAUUCCUUAUUUACUUGCGUGGGCGAAAUGCACUGUUUAGCCACCAGGGAGCAGUCUUGCCUGUAUCAUUUUAGGAAAGAUGCUUGGGAGGGAUGUUGGGCUCACAGGGCAAGGCAUAUAUCCUAGAUUUAACUUGUUUUUAUUCAUUAUUUUUUUGGUAAGUCAAUAUGUUUGAUUAUGCAGGCUGUAUAAGGAAUAAUAAUUCGUUGGGGUUUUUUUUAUGUGGAAAAAAAAAAAGGGCCAAACACGCUGGUGUUAAUGUUUAUCGUCCGGAAAUUUGCAAAAUGUAAAUGAAAACAAGCCUAACAAUGUAUUAAGGUAUCUAUUAAAGGUAGAAAUGGAA